CCAGCGACCCCGAACAACAGCCGUCAGUCCGUCCGUCAGCCCGAUACAAUGGCCGCUACAAUCAGUAAGUACAGAACAAGAGCAAGAACAAACACAUCUGAAGGUUUUUCUAAAUCACGUAUUGACCGAAAGCGCACACGGAUGGAUUCAGUUUCUCAGAUGUAUGAUGCAGACGAGGAUGAAGAGUCUUCAAGUGAAAAGAGUGAGAAUGAAGAGUCAAUGAGUAGUACCUCUGAGGAUGAGGAAGAGCAAAACCCACUCAACAAAGCAACAGAUAGUUCAGAUGAAGAACCGGUUAUUCAAAAGAAGCGUUUACGUUUUGAUCCAUUCAUCGAGAGUGAGAGCAGCUCAGAUAGUGAGAUUUGCAGCAAGCCAAUAAGGAAGAUAAAAUGCAAUUCGCGCCAUAUUUGUGUACAGGAUGAAGAAGAAGGAAGCGGUGAGGAAACAACUACGAACACUAAUCUGCAUGUAAAAAUUGAAGAGGGCCCUCAGUUAGAGAAAGAACUAACAAUUGCUCGAAAAAGGAAACGGCAAUUGGAGCUUAAGCGUUUAUCACAGAGGAGAAGAACCCAAAUCUCAACUCGCAGUAGCUUUCAGUUAAUUGAGAAUUCAGAUGAAGAGUCUGAGGCAACAUCUUUCUCCCAGGAGGAAAAUAGCUCAGGAACCGAAUGGGAAAAUGACAGUUUAAAAGACUUCAUUGUAUCUGAUGAAGAGGAUCUGUAUACAACAUCAAACCACAGCGAAUUAUCACCAUCUUUCCUGGCAAAACAUCUUCCAAACUUUCUCAUCCGUGACCUCCACUCACAUUUCCAAAGCGUUGUUAAAGCUUUGUUGAUCAAUGCAUUUGAUGUCGCUUUCCUUAAAUCCUUAUAUGAAGGAAGCAGGGAGAAAAAAUAUGCAAAAGAAAUGUUGAACUCUCUAAAGCAUGUAGAUGAACGCCAUAUUCAGAUGCGUCUUACAAAUUUAAGGACAACAAGUCGGUGGAGAGAUCGCUACAAGGAACGUGUGGAUUGUUAUCCUGAUCUUUGUGUGAAAGGGCAUCAACCAAUCGAAACCUCUUGUCAAGCCUGUGAGCUGAAACGCACCUGUAGGUUCACAGUUAUCCUGUCGGGGCAGCUGUAUGACUCCAAGAGCUUGGAACAAGACAGCUUCAUGUCGAAUGACAAGCAGGUGAUGUCAAUUGGUCGUGUUUGUGCAGAGAGGACGAAAGUGUACCACCGUUUAAAGCACUUUAAAUAUUGGUUGUAUCAGGAGUGCUGUUCCAUGGUGCAAAGUGAAGAUAUUCGUGAUGAAGAUGUCAAGGACGCUGUCAAUCGGAUCUACAAGCGCUUAGAAGAACAAAACUGGAUAGAGGAGCAAUAUAAGCAUCUUGAAACAAUUCUCAAUGAUGCUGACAAAUUCUGCGAAGAGAAGCAUUAUGACUAAGAGAAAAAGAAGAAAAUGAAAAAAGGAUGUUAUAUUUUAUGUUACACUUUCCAGCACUUGCAUUCCCUCUCCGUUUUGGAUUUUUGGACCAAUCCAUGCCACAUGCUGCUCCAUCGCUUUGCUAAAAGCAAUUGGCCGAUUAAAAGGUCAUCUGCGGGACAUAACUUCACCAUUGCCUUGUUAUGAAACAGAGUCCUCGUGGCAGUGUUUCUGACCUAUUUUGUAAUAUAAUGCAGAUAUGCUUUUUCUUUUCAAAACGAACACAUAGACCUUUGACUGGUUUAAUCUGAGUGUUCAGUAGAUGCGGUUGAAGACAAUUAUGUGUGUGGUAUACAUUGCAAUCACAGAAAAAGAUUCUAUGUCAAUCAUUUGUAGUUAUUGAGAAAUACAUCUACAGUUAAAAUAAAAACCUUUUAAGUCAA